AGGGGGGGGAGGUAUAUAUUGGGGUGUCUGGAGGCCGCUUCUUCCACCGACAGUCGGCGAGGGCUUUUGGGGUGUCAGCUGCUGCUCCGCCCAAGAUCACCUCCUCUACCCACCUCCUCUCCAGCUCCGAGCUUCUGGACACAGGCUGCCUCCCACUUAAACCGCCACGUGGGCCACCACCCCUGGGAAGCCUUCCCAGAUUGACCCGGCAUCCCCAGCCCUGGGGGUGGUCGUGGGGGCCUUCCAGACACCAUGGGGCUCACCGGUCUCUGCUACUUCUGGGCUGCGGUGGCUCUGCUAGAGGGAGGACCCGGGAGAACAGGAGCAGAGGAGCCCAUGGUGGUCGCCAGCAAGGUGGCUGCUGAGAAGCAGGAGGAGCUGACGGUGACCACCAUACUGGCCGACCCCUUUGUGAUGUCCCGAGGCUCAGAGCUGCAGGGCUUCCUUGUGGACCUGCUGAAUCAGCUGUCGGCACUGCUGCACUUUGACCCUCAGCUGCAGCUGGUCCGGGAUGGCCAGUAUGGGAGGACUGGGGCCAGCGGACACUGGACCGGCCUCAUCGGGGAACUGGAGCGGCAGGAGGCCACGGUGGCCCUGGCCCCGUUGACGAUGACUGCGGCUCGCGGACAAGUGGUGUCCUUCACCACUCCCUUCCUGUACACCGGCAUUGGAAUCCUGCGCCGGGAGAAUCCCAGCCCCCAAAGCGGCUCCUUCUGCCUGCUCAGUCCCUUUAGCGGAGAGACAUGGGCUGGGAUCGUGGCCGCCUACCUGCUCACCUGUCUGGGGCUAUUCAUCACAGCCAGGCUGAGCCCCAGUGAGUUGACGGGAUCCCACAGUGACAAGCAGAAUCCAUCCUUCCUGGACAGUCUGUGUUACGGGGCUGGAGCCUACGCCCUGCAAGGUCCCGGGCCGCAGUUCAAGGCCGUCUCCGUGCGACUGGUGGCCACCACCUGGUGGGUAUUUGCGGCCUUGGUGCUGUCGGUAUACGCGGCCAGCCUGUCCGCUUUGCUGCGCUCCCCGGCCGAGCAGGGUCCGGUCAACUCCUUCGAAGACCUGAUCGGGCAGAAGGUCAUGGAGUUCGGCACCAUCAACGGCUCCUCCACGCAUCAAUUCUUCCAGAGCUCCAAGGACCCUCUCCAUAGGAUGGUCCUGGAGCGCAUGGAGCGCCAGCAGGGCCGGGCCCUGGUCAGCUCGCAUGAGGAGGGUGUUGAGCGAGUCCUGAGUUCAAAUUACGCGCUCAUCGGGGAGACCGUCUCCUUGGACCUGGCGGUGGCCAGACACUGCGGCCUGGUUCGGCUCCCUGAUGUCACUGUCCUGAGGGGGCUCAGCCUUGCCACCACCAAAGGAUCCCCUUGGGCCGAAGAGUUGUCCGUCGCCCUCCUCCAGCUGGCCGAGUCCGGGGUCCUGGAAGCUCUGAGGCACAAGUGGUGGGAGCCCAGCUGUGCCCCCCAAGAGCCUCUCCGCCGGGGCUCCCUGGGCCCACAGAGCUUGGGGCCCGCCUUCCUCAUCCUGGCCGCGGGCCUGACUCUGGGGUUGGCCGUGGCCGUCGGGGAGCUGGCUCUGAAGACCUGUCGGGUGGACGCCCGGCCUGAGCAGUCCCGCAGCUCUGCUUUUGCCGAGGAAGUUGCCCGCCGGCUGUGUGGGAAAGAAGGCGCAGCCCCCAGCCACGAGGACCCAGAAAAGGUGAAACCGUGAGCAGGGAGCGGGAGCCGGAGCUUGGAGCCAACCUCGUCACCGCAGCAGUAGCGGCUCCUCCUAGCCUACGAGUAGUUUAGCGGCGCUGCACGCUCCCUAGAAUCGCUACCUGGCAAGUGCUGCCCGUGCAGAGACCGUCCGCGGUGACCGGCCUGGUUUGAGAUCAAGGAGGCCAGGACGGGAGAGGGCAGUCGGCUCACUGAAGGGUCGGAUUGGGGAGGAAAACACUUCCAACCAGGACCAGCCUCCUCUAAGUGGUCGCAGAGAAGCUGAGCACCGGUUGGGCUGUGGGAAUGGAUCCCAGAGGAAGAAGGAACCUUGAAAGGUCAUUUGAAAGUGAUUUCAGGACACUAGCUUUUUUUUUUUCUUUUUGGGCCAGACACUCCAGCCCCAUAGCUGGGCGGUAUCUUCCCCGGUCCUCCCAAAUGCCCCUUGCUGCUUCCCAACCUCUGCCUUCUGGGGUAAAACAAACUGAUCGUUGCCCCCUCUCUCUCGUACCUCUAUCUCCUCAACCCAGCCGCGACUGAGGUGUUCGUGACCAAGCCGGCUGGGGACCAAGGGAGGCUUUGUGGAAAGAGGAGGGAGAUCCGGUGGGUGGCUUCUUUUGCAAUGCAAUCCAAUAAGAGGCACCACAAACUGAAUAGGAGGGGAGAGAAAUAGAGCAACGUGGAUAGGAAAGCACAAGACCCUUCAAAACACUUCGCAUCGCUAGACUGUAAGCUCGUCUCUAGACUCUAAGUUCCUUGUGGGCAGGGAAUGUGUCUAUUAUAUUGUACUUUCCCAAGCGCUUAGUACAGUGUUUGACACGCAGUAAGUGCUCAAUAAAUUCAUCAUCAUCUGGGAAAGCGGCUGUGGAAAGUUGUGGGGCACUGGGGAGAGGACCACCGUUCUCGGGGUGUUGAAGAUGAGGGAGAGUAGUCCAAUCCAGGGAACCCAGGAGUACGACAGCCCCGAUGUCACCACCCUAGGCCGUUUGGGCAGCCCAACGUGGUACAUGGCCUGGGCAUGAGGGGAAAAAACGUUUUUUUUCAGCACUGGGCAGAAGGACCAACAGCGCUUCUUUUGGGGUGUAUGCAUCCCCCACUUUAGAGGUGCCCAUCACCGCAAAAAGGCUGUGCAGAUUACAGUUGCCUGAGAGACGGGACCCGUACAGGGCAGACAAAAUCGGAAGCGAAGACAAGGAUAAUGAGACAUUCGAUCGUUGGCCUGUUUCCCCAGCGCUCUCCGUGUGAAGGCUCAUUUCCAGUGGAAUGUUUUUAAGUCAGCAGCUAAGCCAAUUAACAGGGCUUAUUUCAGAAGCUGAAACUCCUCGACCCUGCCCCGGGCCAGCUCCUUGAGCUUCUCCAGCCCUCCCACGCCUUUGUAAAUACCUUAAUCUGUGUUUAGGAAUGAGGAAUUUUCAAACACACAAUAGGUUUUCCUAAAAAAGAAACAAAAACCCAAAACCACCCGAAAACGCACCCUAUUUUCUGUUGAGAUUUCAAGCUUCUAAGGGCUCGUGUGUGCAGAGAAGCAGCGGGUGGGAGGGAGCCCGUUCGGCAGAUUAGGGCCACGGGAGAAGUCUUGAUCCUUGUCUGAAAUCAAACAUUUUUCUGCUCUGGCAGCCACCGGGCUGAACCGGGGGAAUUUAGAAGCAUCUCGGUCCAGCUGAAGCGAGCUGCUGUUCCUUCAGACGACGGCCCCGCUUCCGGCCCGCUGCGUUAAUAAGAGGCUUUGCCGGAACCGGCUUCGGCUCCUCCACGGAGACGAUUUCAAAGCUAAGGUGAAUUAAAACUCGGAGAAUCUCAGACCUACCCCAUCCUCCUUCGACAGUGAUAGUGGGCAGCCAGCUCCUAUUUUAGCAAUGAUUAUUUCACAGGCCACUCUGGUGACCGAGUUGCGCUGCUGCUUCGGUCUCAGCUGGAGGGGGCGGGCACCGGUUCCCGCAGCCCGGUGAGGGGUACAUCCGAAAGCGGGCUACACCUGCCUUUCCCAACCGGACCCGCUCCCCACGCCCCGCUGCACAGGAUUUGGGGGGGAGUGAAGAGGGGGAGUGAAGGAACGGUUCUGCCCAGCUCCGCACGCAGCAAAUGGCCGACCCACUCGGGUACCUGUCGUGCCAAGCCGGAUGGUCAGUCGAGCCUCGGGGCAGGCGGCCGACCACCACAGGCCCGGCAAGCCUGGGCCGAUGGCUUUCUCCGCCCCAGCCCACGAGUGAAAUCCUCCCUGGUGGGAAAGGACGAAGCCUCCACACCUCCCAAGCGAGGCCGGCGCAGACGCGACUCCGUUUUCAUUCGAGGGAGGAGCUCCCAGGCCCUCCGCAGCGUGCCGGGCGCACGGACCAAGCGAGACGUCCUCUUUCACAUUUAAAUAUAUUUCCAUACGAACGGGUCACAAAACAAGACGGUCGAGUCUCUCUGUCACAAAUACUGCAGCAUCAAAAUAAACACUUACCAAAAUAAA